CUCCCUCUUAUGGCUCCCUCACCGGCCGCCGAUGCCGGCCUCUCUCUCUUGCCACAGCUUCAGUGCCUUCUCAUUGGCCGGCACCGACACACGAUAGUCAUCUAAUUGUGUCUCCAGCCCACGCAGUGCAUGACCGUGCAGCAGCGUCAGCUCGUCCCGCUCAGCCUCCAGCCUGCUGCUGCUCUCCUCAUCCACACCACCAUCGACACCCACGGGCUGAGGUGCUUCUGAUUCCUGCCCCUCUGCCACAUCGGUGCGUCUGUAUGGUCUCUUCUCGUAGUGCAUUAUGAGAGCCUCGGCGUGGCAGAGGGCGUUCUGGAAAGCCUCGCACAUGGCGGUGCUUGAUGCGAGCAGGUUCCUCAGCACGGCGGCCUGGUUGGCACUGCACAGCAGCUGACACCACACACACACAUAGAGAGAGAGAGCGAGGAGGUGGGCGACCGCAUAUGGGAACCAUAUUUGGCACCUUUUCAUUGAUGUGUGUGAUGUCUCCCUCCAGCUCCUGUUUCUCCAUCUCCAGCCUUAAAGCACCAAUGGCCAACAACACAUAUCACAUCAUACGCCUACAUGGCGAGACGGCAAAGGCCUGCCUUCUCUUGCAUCUGACCUGCCUACCUGUUACUUGUGGCCAGCUGUGCCUGGUAUCUGUCUGUCAGGUCGUUGAGCUGCUGUGCCAAAUCCUGCUUGGCUUCGAUGAGCUUCUGGUUCUUGUCGACGUAGUCAUACAUUCUCUUCUUGCUGGUCUGCAGCAGACUCUCGGCAUCCUUCAACGCCCUCUUGUCGCCCAUGUCAAAAUUAACACCGCUACCCUGUCAGGCAAUAUGACAGCAACACUCGUGUGUGUCCCUCUCCUCUCCCUCCCCAUCUCUGUGUGUAUUUAGGCUUACAGGCGAGACAUCGUACUUGACUGUCGAUGUGAGCCCCAGGACCUCUUCCCUGCCGUGGUCGAGAUGCAGGAACGACAGCGACCGCAGCUCCUCUGUCUCCGCGCCAGCCUGUGUUGUCACGCCGAUCCGCCUCCCCCCAUACACCACCAAGGCACCCAUGUGCUGAUCGAAUGUCGUCCUGGCAUACAGCCGGCGGGGCAGCGGGGGUAUGCCACCGAUAAAGGGCGUCACCCAUAUCCUGGCCUUGUCGUCCAGAUUGAGCAAAAAGACCGUACCGACAAACCUGGUGGUGGUGUCUUUGCUGCCGGGCUGGUACGUCUCGCCGCCCCACAGGACGAUCUGCGGCUGUGGCGUGCGCAUGACGGCCAUCGUGUGGCCGAACAUCGGGCCGGGUGGGGUGCCUGCCGCUUCAACAGGCUCCCAUCUGGCACUGCAAAUACACACAGACACACACCGGCAGAGACAUAGAAAGAAGAUCUUUGAACGCAUUUCCGCUUGCUUACUUACGUGUUGCAGUCAUAUCUGUGGAGGUCGUCGAGGGGCAUGUCAUUGGUUUCCCCUCCAUAAAGGUAGAGGUAUUGGCCACAACCCACCAUAGCCCCGCUGUGCCGGGCACACGGACAUAUCCGGGAGGAGGGAGCAGGAAACGAUGGCGACGGUGCAACGGCUCCGCUCUGCAUGCAUGUACCGAUCCAUGGCAGGAAAGAGAAACGCAUUGCGCCUAUGGAUUGUUCUUCUGCAGUCACUCACCCUGAGUUUUGUCCAGUAGAUUUCAGUCACUUCCUUGCCCGACGCCCUCUUUUCGCGCAGAGAGUCGGUGAGUGAGGGCAGCACACUCAGCCCCCACAUGUCGCCAAACACCCAGCCUUCAGGCAUGCCCCUACCACCGAACAGCCAUCCCACAUUCAUGUGCCUAGCCGACAUAAACAGAGAGACGGAGACACAAAGCGAUAAAUGUGUGGCUGCCGGUCCGGCCUUUGUGUCUUUUGCGUUUGGACAUACCUACCAUGUGUGCAGGGCGCUUUCUCUUGGCUCGGGGCAGACGCCAUUGCGAAAGAAGGGAAACACGCGGUGCCAAUGCAUUCGGGACAGAUCCAAUACAAAAGUCUGAUCCAUCCAGCCAGCCAGCCAGCCAGCCAUCCAUCCAACAUCAAGGAAGCCGCCAAGUGCUGCAUGCACUGUCCUUGCAAUGCUUCCUACUUGGCUGGUGCUCUGCCGCAUCUCAUCCUGUCCCCUGAAGGCACAGACAGCACUCGCGUGCAUAGAAUACAUGAGCCACCCGCACAGCCGUGCAAUAGUCGCACUGACCCGAAGACGACCAUGUAAUUGCCAAUUUUGCCGCCCUGCUUGGCGGACGUGAGUGAGCACACCCAGCUGGCAUGAUGGGCCGUCGGCUUCGGCAGCUCUCCGUUGCAACUGGCAAGGCCCCACGUCCAUCUUGGGCCGACGGUGGCUGUUGUGUCGGUGAGCCUCUCGACGGUGUAGACGGCAUUGUCCUUGCCCUUUGCAGUGAGGCCGCCAUACAGCACCAGGGAGGGCGAAGCUGUGUCCGCUGACGGAUUCCAGUGAAGAGAACAUCCUGAACAAGGUACGCAACAAUCCGUGCACUCAAACGGAAUGUCAGGUCAAUGCAUGGGGCAGCUGACCGGAGCGAACAGGUGGGGGGUUGCCCCGCGAGACGUCAAUGGAGGUCCAACACAGACUCUGAGCCAUCAAAACUUGUCGAGAACCGAAGACAGGCGAAAAAUCUCGACGAGCGAUCAU